AUGUCUAUACCAAUAACGAAAUCUUCAAAUCCAAUUCAAAAAUCUUCUCGUAUCGGAAUAAUAGGGGCUGGCCCAGCUGGUAUAUCGGCCGCACAUUUUCUUAAGAAAGAAGGUUAUACAAAUGUCAUUAUCCUUGAAUCGGAUUCACAUAUUGCUGGAAAAAGUUCAACGUGUUACGUUGAUGGUCGUGGUUUUGACGUUGGUGCUUUGAUGGUUGGAAACAAUUAUAAAAAUAUAAAAUCCCUAGCAAAAGAAUUGAAUUGCCAAAUGGAUAAGUUUACCGGAAGAGCUUUAAAUAUUGAUGUUGAUAAUAAUAAAAAUCAAAUCAUGGUUGAUGAUACAGAUAAAAUAUGUAUAUACUCCCAUUUACUACCACACACCAACCAUUAUUUAAAAGAAAGGUCUGCCUACGAAAAAAUUUCUUUGCCGGGUCAUGGAAAUCUUAGCGAAAAUAAUUUAUACGCACCUAUCUCUCAAUGGUUAAAAGAUACAAAAAUGGAAUAUUUAAAAGAUGCGUGGAGCCUUGCCUAUACUUCUGCGGGUUACGGUUAUAUUCAGGAUGAUAUACCUGCAGCCUAUUUCUUAAAAUUCAUUGAAAACUCUGAAAAUAACAUAUGGUAUUUUAAAAACGGCUUCCAAGAUUUCUGGGCCAAGAUGGCAAAGGAUAUCAAUAUAUCAUGCAAUUCAAAAGUCAAAACCAUCGACCGAUCACUCAAACGUAAAAAUUCAGGACCUAUACUCGUAACAGUUGAAAAUACAAUUUACGGAUCCGAACAAACUUACGCCUUCGACCACCUAAUCAUCGCCACAAAUCCAAAACAAACCACCAAAUUUCUCGAUGUUUCUCUGGAAGAAACAAAUAUUUUUUCAGAAAUAAUCACCUACGAUUUUUACACCACAAUUGCAACCGUAGAGGGAAUUUCAACAAAAGUUGGAAUGACCACUAUUCCUAAACAUUGCACGAAUAACUCACAAAUAGGUCACGUGACAGCAUUCUAUUGUGCCCACGAAGGCGUACCAACCUAUUUAUUUUAUGCCUAUGGUAAACAAGGAAUCGCUUCUGAUGAUAUCAUCGGGUAUCUUAAAGAUGAUAUUGAAAAAAUUGGCGGCAAGUUAAAUAAAAUACAUUACCAUAAGAAAUGGGAUUUCUUUCCACACGUAUCCUCCUUAAGUAUGGCACGUGGAUUUUAUAGUAAAGUUGAACGAAUGCAGGGAACUGAUGAGACUUUUUAUGUCGGGGGAUGGCUUGAUUUCGAAUUAACCGAAAACUGUGUAGCGUACAGCAAAGAUUUAGUAAAAAGAUUUUUUAAUCUUUCCUUCUCACAGAACCCUGAACAAAUUUCUUCACAUUUACCAAUACGACAACAAAUUACCCUCAAACCUGUCUCGCAAGCUAAUUGGGGUAUGGUCUUAAGAUUAGCUGCAAAUCGUUAUCCAAAAAAAGUGGCUUACACAUGGGUUGAUGUCAAUCUUCGUGAAGAAGCAAAAUUCACUUACGGUCAACUAUAUCAACAAGCACGUGCAGUCGCCUACUACUUACGAAAUGUUGCUGAAUGUAAAGUUGGUGAUCCAAUAUUAUUAUGUUAUGCUCCCGGUUUAAGCUUUUUGCCAGUGUUGCUCGGUUCUAUGCUUGCCGGCACAAUAGCGGUUCCAAUUGCUCCACCUGAUCUUGAAAAAGAUAUCGAAAGAUUCAUUUACCUAGCAAACAUAACCAAAGCAAAAUAUGUGUUUAGCGACAAAAAUUAUAUGUUAUAUACCAAAAUUCACUCUGUAAAAAAUUUCUUCGGUUUUGGUAAAAAAGUAACUUGGCCUGAAAGUUUAAUUUGGCUUGAAGGAGAAAAAAUAAUAGCAGCAUCAUCAAACAAUUUAUUUGACGAAAAUUUGAUUGAUAAAAUCGAUUCAAAUAAUGUCGCUGUCUUACAGUUUUCAUCUGGUAGUACUGGCGAUCCAAAAGGUGUCAUGUUAACCCACAAAAACCUUUUACAUAAUGUUGAUUUAAUGCAAAAUGAAAUUGGCUUGGACCAUAAUUCUACUAUCGCUUUCUGGGUUCCAUAUAUGCACGAUCUAGGUCUUAUCGGCGGUUUCUUGAAUACGUUGCGUGGCUCAUGCAAAUCUGUUGCAAUGUCACCAUUAUCAUUUUUACAAAAACCAGAAAGUUGGCUUCAGAUGAUCACUAAAUAUAAAGCAAAUUAUACGGCAGCACCAAAUUUUGCUUAUGAACUUGCAGCACGUAAAUGUUCCGAUUCAGUUCUCAGACAACUCGAUCUCAGUACAUUAAAAGGAGCAUUUAAUGGCGCGGAACCAGUUCGCUCAUCAACCCUAAAAGCAUUCACAAAAAAAUUUGAAUCGGUCGGAUUCAAAGCUACAAUGUUUAAAUGUUUGUAUGGCUUAGCAGAACAUUGUGCAUACACUGUCGGAUUUCAAAAUAAACAAGGUUUUCCAACUGUCAUCGACAUAGAUCCUAUUGCUGUACGUGAAGAUCGUGUCAUAAUUAAUCAUCGCGAUCGUAAUAAUAGUGAUGGCCGUCAUCAUUACUUAGUUUCCACUGGAUUACCAAAUCUUUCUAUGCAAAUUGAAAUCAGAAUAGUUGACCCGGAGACUAAACAAUUAUGUUCACCAAAUGUUAUCGGAGAAGUUUGGGUAUCAAGUCCUAGUGUUGGCAUUGGAUAUUACGGUAGACCUGAUCUAUCGGAUGAAAUAUUCCGGGCAAAAUUGAACCUUAAUGAUCAUGGUAAUUUGGUUUCUGAUAAAGGAUCAUUUCUUAGGACCGGAGAUUUAGGUUUUAUGUACGAUGGCGAGUUAUUUAUUGCUGGAAGACAAAAGGACGUUAUUAUAAUUAAUGGUAAAAAUCAUCAUCCUCAAGAUAUUGAAUUGUCAGUCCAGCAAUCCCAUAAAUCUAUUAGACCAGGUUGUGUAGCCGCUCUUGCUGUAAAUAAUGACGAAAAAACUGGUACAGAUUCUUUAAUUAUUUUGGCGGAGGUUAGAGAAGAUUCGAAACCAACUAAAAUGGAACUAGAAGAAAUCUGUGAUACAAUAUCACGAAUAAUACCUGGUAAACAUGGAAUUUCUUGUCAAAGUGUCACCUUACUCAAACAACGCAGUUUACCCAAGACUACCAGCGGCAAAUUACAAAGAUCAAAAGCUAAAGAUAUGUUAACGCAAGGUUUAUUGGAUUCAAAAAUUUUGGAAACCUUAACUAUCGAAAAUAAGAUAAUUUCGCAAGUUCACAAAGUUUCGAGAGUUGCAUCAAAAUCUCCAAUAAAAGAAAUUGAUACAAAAUCAAAUCUGAUUCAAACUUAUGCAUUUGAUUCGAUUACCGCAGUACAAUUAGUUUCUUGUCUCAAAGAAGAAUUUGGUAUUGAAAUGAGUCCGGCUCUAAUAUUAGAUUUACCAACAAUUUCCGAACUUGCUGAACACAUCUCCAAACAACUAAGUGCCACGGCAAAUUAUCCAAAACAACCACAAAUAAUAAAACUUUCCAAAGUUCAAAGUUCAUUAAUUGAUCAAAUUCGAAAAAUUUCUCGCUUGGCGGCAAAAAUUCCAAUAGAAAUGAUUGACAUCCAAGCAAAUAUAAUCACAGAUUUUGGACUUGAUUCUUUAGCAGCAUUACAAUUAAUAUCGACGAUAAAAGAAACUUUUGGAGUAGAAAUAAUACCAACUUUGCUAUUUGACGUUAACACGAUCGAAGGUUUAUCGAAUCAUGUUUACGAAGCAAUAGUAGCAAAACAAAAAUCACAAAUUAAAUCAUUAUCAUCAUCACCGACAACUGCUACUUUUGACAUCGACAGAUUAGAAUUGGAGAAAUACGCUUCGGAAGUUUUGGUGCCACUUGCACCAAAAAAUAUUAUAAACAAACACAAUAAUCCAUUAUUUUGUAUCCAUGCACUUUUAGGAAACGUAGCAUGUUAUAUGCAUUUUGCAAAAAAUGUUGGUAUGACAAGACCAGUUUAUGGUAUUCAAGUUUCCACCAAAGAUAUUGAUGAUACGAAUACGGAUAUAUGUUCAAUGGUGGAAAAAUACGUUAAAGUAAUAACAUAUAGUCAACCAAAAGGACCGUAUCAUAUUUGUGGAUAUUCAUUUGGAGGACUUGUGGCCUGGGAGAUUGCUAAACAAUUAAUUAACCAAGGAAAGAAAGUCGGUGGAGUUUAUCUAAUAGAUGCACCAGCUCCAUUGAAGAAACUUGUAAGGCCAACUGUAAAUGCUAAAGAAGUAACAAAAAAUAAUCUAAUCUGGGAAAAGGAUAUAGAACAAUUAUUAAAGGAUGUUGACCUCAAUAACAAUAACGAUGAUGACAUUGAUGAUGCUCAAACAAAAGAAUUAAAACAAACGAUUUGCAAAUUGAUAGCUUUAAUGUACAACUAUACAGAUGAUAUUAGCUCAAAUAAUAUCAACAUACCAGUACAUUAUUGGAGAGCAAGAGAAUACAAUGGUAAGACAAACAGUUUGUUAUUGGAUCAUCCAGAGUUCCACUCUACGUAUUUUGGAUGGGAAAAUUACAACAAAAACAAUAAUAGCAAAAACAUCACAUUCCAUGAACCAUUGCCAGGCCAUCACUUUUCCAUAAUGAAAGUAGAUAAUUCUGGUAGAUUAGCAAGAGAAAUGGACAAAAUUAUUCCAGCUAUCAAAAGACGAACGGGUUCGUUAGAUUUGAAACCUUUAAUGUUGGAGAAACUUGCAAAUGCACGUCGAUUAUCAAGUGAUGAUGGCGAAAGUAAUUAUGGUAGUAGUGGUGAAGAAAUCCCUUACAACACUAAUGGUUUUACUGUAAAUAAUGGUUCAGACAAUUCCACGAAUAACAUAAUAACAAAAUGUAUAUGUGAUUUCAGAAUAAAUUUUGAUGGAUGUCAGGACGAAGAAUAUAUUUUACGACUCUCACAAUGGAUUUUAAUAAUAUAUUCGACAAUUAUAAUCUUGAUAGCGAUUGGAUUCCUUAGUCAUAAAAUAAUAAUUAGAAAACAAGCAUUUUUUUUACCACCAACUAAAGGACGUGGGAUAAUCAGACCUAUACCACAUGAUGUUGUUCAUGUUCUAACUAUUGUUUUUAACCUUUUUUUAUUGAUCCAUACAUUGAUUUUAUUGAAUGAUGCAUAUCCUAAUACGGUUUCUGCAGAAAUUGGUUCAGAUUUAUCAAAAGAAUUAGGAAUUGGUUUAGCAAUGAUUUAUCCAAUAAGCAUAAUUUACUCAACGCCAGUUCUAGGACUUGAGAAAAAGGGAAUUUUAAGUUGUAAACCAAAUAAAAAUUUGAUUGAUGCAUUAGGAUUUUUACUUCUUAUCGCACCAUUAACCACUUUACUUCCACUUGCUGCGUUAACUGGUCACUAUGCCGAUCAAAAUGAUUUAGAAAUGGCUAUGAUGUUUCAUAGGUCACAUUAUUUUAUUUGGGUUGUUUGGGGAUUGGUUUUUUUAAUUUUGAUUGCUCUUUCUUGGUUUAAACUGACGUCAACGGUUUUGAAAAAUAUCAAAGAAUCAAGAAAAAAAGAGAUUAAUGGAUAUAUAUCUGAUGUGCAAUGUACCUCUUCGACGCCCAAAAAAGCUGCUAGAAAUUUGGGUGUAGCCAUUGUGUUGUUAAUAGCUGUACUAUUAACAUAUUUGGCCAUUUUAUUAUCAUAUUCACUAUCUCGUAAAUCAAACACUCAAUUUAAUCCCACUAUUAAUUUAUUUUUCAUGUUUGCAUUGAAUUUUACAUUACCAUUUACACUGAAUAUGACUCAAUUUGUUUUUAUUUUCAGUACAUUAAGAGGAUAUCCAUUCACUCAUAGUACUGACUUAUCGCAUGAGUUAAAUGUUUCAAAUAAUAAUAAAGGAAACGACGAAUCUAUUAAAAACUCAUUCAGAGUCGACGAUUGA